CACUGUUACAUCUCCCUCUGUGCAGCACAACAUGAAAUCAAGUACAGAGAACAGCGACAACAUAAGCCAGCCUCCCAAUGAAAAAAGGCAAUUUCGAUUUAAUCCCAAAGAAGGAAUAGACAACCCAAUGAUGGUCAUAGAAGAAUGGACAUCCAGAGCGCGUGUGUGUGUGCUAAAAAGGGACGAAGGGGAGACCUUUGGCUUCCAUCUGAGAGCGGAGUGGGACCAACAAGGUCACAUUAUCAGAAGGGUACUUUCUGGGGGCAUUGCAGCUCGCUGUGGACUUGAAGAUGGAGAUAGGCUUCUUGAAGUCAACAACGUCUAUGUAGAUGAUGCUCCUCACCAGGAGGUCUCCAGGAGAAUACGGCUAAGUGGACAUCACGUAUGCUUACUGGUUCUGGAUGGGGAGGCGUACGAGAAGGCAAUCGCCAUGGGACGUGACCUCCGCGAUAUUGCUAAAGCCUUUAAGGGUGAAGACUUUAAUGCACCAAGACUGUGUCACAUCACACGGGAUCCUGUCUUGGGUCUAGGCAUCAAUUUCACACCUGUUGGAGCUGAAAAGGGCUGCUUCUCUGUCAACCCGGUGGAAGGAGGGCCGGCUGAAAAGGCCGGCGUACUUAAAGGGGAUCGCCUGGUGUGGAUGAAUGGAGCCCUGCUUUCAGAUCUCACACACUCUGCACUUAGUAGAACGAUGAAAAAAUGUGGAAAAUAUAUCACCAUCCUCGUGAUUGACAGCAAGAAUGAGAAAACGUACACUGCACUACGGAUGCCCAUCCUCCCUUCUAUGGCGGUUCCACACAAUCUGCCUUAUAGACCAAGAAAACUAGAUUUGGAUUUGGCACCUGAGGGAUACGGUUUUUUCCUUCGCUUUGAGAAAGCUCCUUCGGGUCGUACAGCUCAUGUCCUACGUAAGGUGGAUUCUGGCAGUCCAGCAGAGAGGGCUGGGAUGCAAGAUGGCGAUGUGCUGCUGGAGGUCAACGGAGAGUCCACGGAGUUGCUACAUCACGAUGAGAUUGUGACAAGAGUGAGAGAGAGCGGACAACAUGUUUCACUUAGCACCAUCACUCUACAAGGCCAUGAUUUCUACACGCAGUUAGGUCUAUCACCACUCCUCUUCUGUGAGGACGCUAUUCAAACGGAAAGUGGGGAAGCAUCAGAAGACAGCCCACAAGCUGAAGGACCAUUAGGCUUCAACCUUGACUGUACACCACAGUGUCCCAAGACCUUCAUCAGUCAAGUGGCCCCAGGAAGCCCGGGAAAGAAAUCAGAACUAAUCGUGGGUGAUAUAGUGAUGGAAGUUAAUGGACAAAAUGUGAGGGACCAAUACCUGGAAGAUGUCGUUGUGCUUGAUAAGGAAGAUUUUGAAAACAGUGGAGCACUUUCUAUCACCACCUGUGAGGACACAGAGGUUUCCCGCCUGUGAAAUGACUUGAUUGCCACAACCACACUCCAACUAUUCAGACUGCAUACAUGUAUUAUUUGUGUAAAUAAAC